UCCGUUUUCUUUCUCUCUUUCAUCGUCUCGCCGUUCCGUCCCUCCAAAACCCUAGACGCGACCCUCCCCCGGCGCCGCUCGCCGCCGCCCGCGGCCAUGGAUCUCCUCCGCUCGCACCUCCACAAGGUCCGCAUCCCGGAGCCCGGCAGCCGCAUCCACAAGGACGAGUGCUGCGUCUCCUUCGACUCCCCGAGGUCGGAGGGGGGCCUGUACGUGGACAUGAGCUCGUUCCUGGGGUUCGGGAGGGAGCAUGUGGAGUGGAACUUCGAGAAGACCGGCAACCCCGUGUACCUCCACAUUGUGCAGCGCCGGAAGCCGGAGUCGGACGAGGCGGAUCGCCCGCUCAAGAAGCCCACCCUCCUUGCAAUAGGCGUGGAAGGAGGCUUUGGUGAUCAAGAACCUGAAUAUGAUGAUACUUUUGAAAUCGUCAUUUUACCUGAUUUUAUCUCUCUUCCAUUCCCCUCAGUUGACUUGCCAGAGAAGGUUAGGAUUGCAGUUGAUAAGGUUAUCCUUGCUGAAAGUGCUGACAGAAAACAACAACUAGCUGCUUGGGUCGCUGAAAAGAAGAAAAUUAGUGCAUAUGCUAUGGAUCUGCAGCAGCUAGAAAAUGGUGUUAUUGUGCCUCCUACUGGAUGGAAGUGCAGCAAAUGCGAUAAAACUGAGAACCUCUGGUUGAAUUUAACUGAUGGUAUGAUCCUUUGCGGGAGGAAGCUUUGGGAUGGAAGCGGUGGGAAUAAUCAUGCAAUUGAACAUUACGAGCAGACUAAAUAUCCUCUUGCAGUAAAGCUUGGAACAAUUACUGCUGAUUUGGAAGCAGCAGAUGUUUUCUCAUACCCGGAAGACGAUAGUGUUGAAGAUCCACUAUUAGCUCGACACUUGUCACAUUUUGGUAUCGAUUUUUCUUCACUUCAAAAGACUGAGAUUACUACUGCUGAGAGAGAACUUGAUGCCAACACAAAUUAUGACUGGAAUAGAAUACAAGAAAGUGGAAAAGAUGCUGAACUUCUAUAUGGACCUGGCUAUACUGGUCUUGCGAACCUAGGGAAUAGUUGCUAUAUGGCUUCAAUAAUGCAAGUCAUGUUUUCGACUCAUCCUUUCAUAUCGAGAUACUUUGAGAAGCAGAGUUUGAAAGCUGCAUUUGCAACUGCACCUGCUGAUCCAACAAUGGACCUAAACAUGCAGAUGACAAAAUUAGGACAUGGUUUGCUCUCUGGUAAAUAUUCUGCACCAAAUAAGGAGGGGCAGGAAUUGAUACGUCCUCGCAUGUUUAAGUCAGUUAUUGCUGCGAACCAUUCUGAAUUUUCAAGUAUGAGGCAACAGGAUGCCCUUGAGUUCUUCCUUCACCUUAUCGACCGAGUUGAGCAGGCAAACCCGGGGAACCAUGAGUUAAAUCCUUGUUCAGGUUUUAAGUUCAUUAUUGAGGAGAGGGUCCAGUGCCCUUCUGGAAAAGUUUCUUACAACAAGCGGUCGGACAACAUGCUUUCUUUGAGCAUACCACUGCAUGCGGCAACUAAUAAAGAGCAGCUAGAAGCUUUUAGUGAGAAGAAAGCUGCAAUGGACUUGGAUGGGAAAGAAGUGUCUAAUGAGGAAAUUGUGAGGCCUCGAGUCCCAUUGGAGGCAUGCUUAGCAAGUUUUUCAGGGCCAGAGGAAAUUCCUGAUUUUUACAGCACUGCUUUAAAUUCAAAGACGACUGCUACCAAGACUGCUGGCUUUAACACCUUUCCUGAUUACCUGGUGCUGCAUAUGCGCAAGUUUGUAAUGGAGGCAGGAUGGGUGCCAAAGAAACUUGAUGUUUAUAUAGAUGUGCCAGAUACAAUUGAUAUCUCGCAUAUGCGUAGCAAGGGUAUGCAGCCUGGGGAAGAACUGCUACCUGAAGGAGCUUCUAGUGACAACAAAGCUGAGCCUGCUGCACCUGUUGCCAGUGAGGAUAUUGUGUCCCAGCUUGUAAGCAUGGGAUUCAAUUACCUUCAUUGUCAGAAAGCUGCUAUUAACACAUCUAACACCGGAGUUGAGGAGGCAAUGAAUUGGCUUCUCUCACACAUGGAUGAUCCAGAUAUAAAUGAUCCCAUAUCAAAUGAUUUGCGUGCUUCUGAACAAUCUGUUGAUGAAGCCAGUGUUCAAACUCUCAUUUCCUUUGGAUUUCCAGAAGAUGUUGCCAUAAAGGCCCUGAAAGCUUCUGGUGGUAAUAUCGAGCAAGCUACCGAUUGGAUUUUCAGCCACCCCGAAGCAUCAAGCACAGCACCUGCUGACUCUUCGACCAGCAAUGUAAAUGCUGAUAACACUCAUGUUUCAGAUGGCAGUGGCAGAUACAAGCUGAUGGCUUUUGUCAGCCAUAUGGGCACCUCCACCCACUGCGGGCACUACGUCGCACAUGUUCUCAAAGACGGGAGGUGGGCAAUCUUCAACGACAGCAAGGUUGCUGCAUCUGUCGACCUGCCCAAGGAUAUGGGCUACCUUUAUUUCUUUCAGAGGAUUAGCGGCUAGGCACAUCACAGGCAAAUAUCGUGACAGUUCAUAGUUCAUGCGCCCACAUCAUGAAAAGAAUGGCGAGCUUGUUAGAAUGCUGUCAUGCUGAUUUUAAUGCGACUGUCUGCUCUCAUUCUUCCAUGCUGGUUACAGACUGAUCAACUGGGAUAUUGCUUUUCAUUACAUUAUAGAGUGGCACCUCCGAUUACAUAUGUAUUUGGUUACUAUGUGAAUGUGAUUUGCGUUGGUGCUUGUCA